AUGGGUCGCUCUCAGGAGCUCAGUGACUCCAAGCGUGGUCCCGUGAUAGGUUGCCACCUGUGCAAUAAGUCCAUCCAUGAAAUUUCCUUGCUACUAAAUAUUCCGCGGUCAACUGUUAGUGGGAUUAUAACAAAGUGGAAGCAACUGGGAACAACAGCAACUCAGAGCGGGGUCAGUGCAUGAUGAAGCGCACAGUGCGCAGAAGUCGCCAACUGUCUGCAGAGUCAAUAGCUAAAGGUCACUUGUUCCAGUGAAGGGAACUCUUAAGGCGUCAGCAUGCCAAGACAUUUUGGACAAUUUCAUGCUCCCAACUUUGUGGGAAGAGUGUGGGGAUGGCCCCUUC